CUGCCCGUUUCGACCGCGGUGUUUCCAGAGAUUUUGCCGCCCUGGGAAAAUCCGACUGCCGCCCUUAGAGCCUCCGUUCUCCGCUAACCUCUGCCGCCCGCAAUUCGUGAAAGCCCUCUCCGAGAGAUACCGAGCUUAGUUAACCCUUACAGGUCCGAAACCUUCUCACCUCAAUUGCUUUUCUUUUAAUUAUUCGUAAAUCUCGGCUCUUUGAUGGGUUAGUUGUGAGUUGUGAAUCUGAUCCACUCUCCUUGCUCGGAAUUUCUUUUUAGCAGUAUGAAUACUUUGCGCGAGUCAAGUAGUACUGACAGGAUUAGCAACCUUCCUGCUUACCUGGCCGAGCGAAUUCUCAUGCUGUUACCCUUAAAAGAAGCAGCAAGAACGGCUACCUGGUCAAGGCAAUGGAGGUAUCGCUGGAGGAAUGUGCCUCAACUUGUAUUCAAUGCUGAUUUUGCCCGAACCCGUUGGGCCGAAACUGCAUCGAAUGUGAAUGCUCUGGUGAUGAAGAUUUACAAAGCGGUGCUCCUCCACAACAAUGAGCCUUCAACCAAGUUUGUGCUUGCAAUUCCUGGAUUGAAGCCUGGCGACGAGAUCGAUCCCUUGAUUCUUCACCUUGCCAACAAAGGUAUCCAGGAUAUCACCCUUCAGUUUCUUGAUGAAUUUGAUGAGUUCCGGUUUGGGUAUGAAACCAGGAACUUUGCUUCCCUCUUUGUUGCUCUUGAACUCAAUGCCCUGAAACUGCAUAAUUGCAAAUUGUUGUCGCCUUCUGGGUUUGUGGGAUUUAGCAAGCUCACCUGUCUCGAUUUGGCAAACGUAGUAGUGGACGAAGAUUUCUUUGUUGGCUUCCUUCACAAGUGCCCGUUGCUUGAAGAAUUGAGGAUGAUAGAUUGUCUGGGUUGUAUAGAUAGCCCUGACAUUGAGGCCCCUCGUCUCAAAGUGCUUUGUUUACGCACCAUCUUGUGGACCAUUCGCUUCAAGUAUACCCCUGUUCUUUCGCAGGUAUCCAUUCUAGAUUACUGUGAUUACUUGUCCAAUGGAUUGUACAGGUAUCAGCGGGGCAGUAUUGAUAUAGUAGAUUUAUUCGUUGCUUCCCUCCCUGCACUAAAACAGUUGAAACUUGGCAUUGAGUUCCUGCUGUUGCUUGCUGCAGGCAAUCAUGUCCCGAAGAGGCUUCCUACUCCUCUUCAACACUUGGAAGUCCUGGAAAUGGAUAGCCUGGUAUUAGAUAGUUUGCCCGAGGCACGUGUUCUUUUUUGCCUGAUCAUGAGUUCCCCCAACUUGAAAACACUCACCAUUCCCAGGUUAAUUGACGAUGGAACACGAGAUCCCGAGGAAAAUUUAAUCGACAGUCUGAAGAGUCUGUUGGAAGCAGAGGACCCACAAGGAUCCUGGGGUUGUUUUCAGAGUCUGGAAGAGUUGACCAUUAACGGAAUCCAUGGAUCACAAGUCGAGCUGGACUUGGUGACCCUUGCGCUAGCUGGUGCCCCACUACUUCGCAAGAUUGUUGUUACUACUUCAGAGUAUAUGAAUCUCGAUAAAUCUCACAAGUUCUUGACGGGAGUAUCGUACUGUAAACGGUGUUCCAAGAAGGCAAACUUCCAGUAUAUUUGGAAUGGUGAGUAUGAGAACUUAGAAGGUGCCCUGAUCGAGCGAACGGUCUAA